AUGGCUCCAACGAGCCGGCCAGCCCCCGUGGAAGUCACGUACAGGAACAUGAGAUUCCUUAUUACGCACAGCCCAACCAGUGCAACCUUAAACAAGUUUAUAGAAGAACUUAAGAAACACGGAGUUACUACAAUAGUAAGAGUAUGUGAAGCCACCUACGACACGGCUCUCGUGGAGAAAGAAGGCAUCCAGGUUCUGGAUUGGCCUUUCGAUGACGGGUCAUCGCCAUCUAACCAGAUUGUCGACGACUGGCUGAGUCUCGUACACCUUAAAUUUCGGGAGGAACCUGGUUGUUGUAUUGCUGUCCACUGUGUUGCGGGUCUUGGGAGAACGCCAGUGCUUGUUGCCCUAGCCCUAAUUGAAGGUGGAAUGAAAAACGAAGAUGCAGUACAGUUUAUAAGACAAAAGCGGCGUGGAGCUUUUAACAGCAAGCAACUUUUAUAUUUGGAGAAAUAUCGUUCUAAAAUGCGGCUGCGCUACAAGGACUCCAGUGGUCAUAGAAACAACUGUUGCGUUCAAUAA